AGAGAGGGUGUUCAGAUUGUCUCCUUCCAUUAAAGACCCCUCGGGCUGCUCCUUUGCAAGCACAGAGCGCACUCUUCAACCUCCCUCCCCCUCCCCUACAAACUUUUUUUUUUUUUAAAUAAUUUCUGAGCUUGAUCAUCUGAGAAAGAAGAGCAAGUAUUAAGGGAAGAGGCAGGUUGGAAACAUACAUAGAAAUAGAUCGGCUGGGGAACAAAAAAUAACAAUUCCAGCAAGAUGGACAUGAAAAAAAGAAUUCACCUGGAGCUCAGGAACAGGACGCCGUCUGAUGUACGAGAAUUGGUUCUGGAUAACUGCCGGGCGCAUGAAGGCAAAAUAGAGGGUCUUACAGCAGAGUUUGUGAAUCUAGAAUUUCUCAGCUUAAUAAAUGUCUUAUUGAUGUCCGUCUCAAAUCUUCCAAAACUCCCCAAAUUAAAAAAGCUUGAGCUGAGUGACAACAGAAUCUCUGGAGGUCUAGAUGUACUAGCAGAAAAACUAUCCAAUCUCACACAUCUAAAUCUCAGUGGAAAUAAAAUCAAAGACAUUAGCACAUUGGAACCUCUGAAAAAAUUUGAGACUUUGAAGAGCCUGGACCUAUUCAACUGUGAAGUAACAAACUUAAAUGACUACAGAGAAAGCGUUUUCAAGCUCCUCCCUCAACUGACUUACCUGGAUGGGUAUGACAGAGAGGACAAAGAGGCCCCAGACUCUGAUGCUGAAGCUGAUGGAGAUGGUGUAGAUGAGGAGGAAGAAGAUGAAGAGGGUGAAGAGGAGGAAGAAGAUGAAGAGGAGGAAGGUGAAGAGGAAGAAGAUGUAGAUGAUGAAGAUGAUGAUGAAGAUGAAGAGGAGCUAGCAGAAGAAGACGAUGAAGAGGAUGGCAGUGGUGAGGAAGAGGAAGAAGACUUUGGACAUGAUGGAGAAGUAGAUGAAGAAGAUGAUGAGGAUGAUGAAGAAGAGGAUGAAGAAGAAGAAGAAUCUGGCAAAGGAGAGAAAAGAAAGAGAGACACAGACGAUGAAGGUGACGAAGAGGAUGACUAAGACAAAAA